CCCCCCGCGAGACGAGGCCGGCCGUUGCGAGGCGGGUAGAGACGCAGCGACCCCUCGCUGCCAUGGAGCGCCCGGGUCGAGGUUCGACUCCUGCCCCUGGGGGUGUCCCCGAGGUGGCAACCCAACGUGCAGGACGGAUUCAAGCCCCUGUCCUCCCUCUGGUCGUCACUGCUCUCUUCUGCUGCUCCUACUGCCUCAUUGUGUUCACGGGACACGCAAUUGCGGAGUUCCCUUACAAGAACGAGUUUGUUCGAGACGAAGGUGCCGGUGGGACGCCGCCGCUGCGGCUGAGCGCGUGGGGCCCGUGGCAGUGCCACUGCGAGGCGGGCACGCAGGCGCGCUGGCGCCACGUGCUCCGGGCGCAGGUCACGCGGCCCGCGCGGCCCCCGCAGCUGGUGCAGGAGGCGGCGUGCAACCUGCAGCAGUGCACCCGCUGCACGGCGCGAGACUGCCGCCUGCUGCCGCACAAGCGCGCCGUCGGCUUCUGAGCACCGCCUCCCCCACACAUUCAUCCUCCCCCCCAACCCUCUCCUGCCCCCACCCUCCUCCCCCCACCCCUCUCCUGCCCCCACCCCUCCUCUCCCCCAACCGUCUCUUGCCCCCACCCCUCCUCCCC